ACCAUACAUAAUCACCAAUAUCAAAAAGAACAUUAGCAAAAAACAAUGUCUUCUUCAGAAGUAAACCUAGAAAAGUAUCGAAUUCCACUUGAGGAGAUCAUUCACGCAACAAACAACUUCAGUUUCGACACUCUGAUUGGUGAUGGUGGAUUCGGUAUGGUCUACAAAGGUCAACUCUCUAAACACUCGCAAAACCACAUAGUAGCCAUCAAACGUCUUAAUCAAGAUGGUUAUCAAGGAAACAACGAGUUUCUUCAUGAACUCGAAAUGGUUUCGAGUUUCCAUCAUCCAAACAUCAUCUCUUUUAUCGGUUACUAUAAUGAUGCUAAUGAGAUGAUCUUAGUUUAUGAGUAUGCUGCAAACGGAAGCCUUGAUCAUCACCUCCAAAACCCUAAUAAGAGACGUUGCAUGACAUGGGCACAACGCCUGAAGAUUUGCUUAGGAGUAGCAAGAGGACUUAAGUACCUUCACUCGGGUCUUGGGGAGCACAUGAGAGUAAUACAUAGAGACAUGAAGAGUGCAAAUAUAUUGCUAGAUGAAAAUCUUGAUGCCAAAAUUUGUGAUUUUGGUUUGUCAAGAUUUGGUCCAAGAAACCAACCAGAUUCCGAAGUACUCCUUACAAAGGCUUCGGGUACAAGGUUUUACAUUGAUCCCAUUUAUAAUGAAAGAGGUAGAUUGUGGAAAGAGUCUGAUGUGUAUUCGUUUGGAGUUGUAUUGUUUGAGAUGUCGAGUGGGAUGCUUGCUUAUGCAAAGUGCUUCGGAGAAACUAAGGAACAAUAUCUGAUGGAUUUAGUACGAAGUUAUUAUGAAGACGACCAAAAAGAUGAUGAACUAGAAAAGUUUAUUGAUCCCAUUCUAAAGGGUCAUGUUGAUAUGAAGUCUUUUCGUAUGUUUAAUGAAAUUGCUUAUGAGUGUGUUAACUUGAGUUUAAAGGAACGCCCUACUAUGGAGAGGAUCAUUCGGAAGAUUGAGCAAGCAAUGGAUCUUCAAAACAACUAUGCAACUUCUUCGAUUACCACACGAAAUCUAGAAAGUUUUCGAAUUCCACUAAACAAGAUCAACUUGGCAACUGAAAACUUCAAAGCAAAUACAUGUAUCGGAGGUGGUAGAUUUUAUGCAAUGUAUAUUGGGAAACUCUCAAACCAAUGGGAAAACCGACUAGUGGCCAUCAAGCGCCUGAAGCAAGGCGAGCAUGAGUACUUCCAUAAUGAGCUCCAUAUCAUUUUGAGUUUCCACCAUCAAAACAUCAUUCCCUUCAUUGGUUAUUGCGAUGAAGGCAAUGAAAUGAUUAUAGUUUAUGAAUACGCUACAAAUGGAAGCGUUAAUGAUCAUAUCAAAGACCCUAAUAAGAGGAGUUCCCUUACAUGGGCACAACGGUUGAAGAUAUGCAUAGGGGCAGCAAGAGGACUUGAGUAUCUUCACUCGGGUCUUGGGGAGGACAACGAUGUUGUACAUGGAAAUUUCAAGAGUGAAAACGUAUUAUUAGAUAAAAAUUUUGAAGCCAAAAUUUGUGAUUUUCAUUUUUCAAUACAAGGCCCCAUAAAUAAGCCAAGUAUCCGACACAAUAAAAAACCUGUCGAUAUUGAAUUCUACAUGAAUCCCAUAUUUGAAGAAAGCAUUUUCCAUAAAGAAGCGGAUGUGUACUCAUUGGGUAUGAUAUUGGUUGAAAUGUUUAGUGGAAGAUUGGCUAAUGAGCCUAGUAGCUUGGGAGAUGAUAAGCCACAAUAUUUAGGAGAUCUAUUCAUACGCAACUAUAGUGAACUCGAUAGAUUAAUUGAUCCCCUUAUAAGAGAUCAAAUUAAUAGCACUUGUUAUGAAGCUUUUACAGAAAUUGCAUACGAGUGCAUAACCUUCUAUGGUUUUGGAGGAUGCCCUACGAUGGAGACAAUUAUCGAGAUGCUUGAGGCUGCAGCAGAUUUUCAAGGAAUUGAAGUGUAAAAGAAUAAGAUCAUUGAUGACUUGUAGCCAGUGUUCAUGUUGUUGAUGAAGGUUCAUGCUUUGUACGUGUGUUCAUUAUGUAUUCUAUAAGAGUAUUUCUUAUAUAUAUA